CAAUACUUACAUAGUAUUUUUGUACAAUGCAUAAAUUUAUAUUAGGAAUAUCAGUCUUAUUAUUAAACGUAUUAAAAUAAGUCCAAAAUUACUCGAUUUAUUAGAAUAUUGAACAUACCAGACUGAAACAGAGAUGUCGCGGCUAUAAGGUGUAGGGUUAGUCAUGCAAGUGUCCUUUUUAGGUUAUUUAGAAUAAACCUUGUAGAUGAUAUAAAUACUGCAAGACUCAGUUCAAUAAUUUUAUGCCUUCAUAGUAUUUUUUUUCCCAAGGGUAAACCAUUUCAGACGGUAAAAAUAGCGCUUUUUUUCGCUCAGGACAGAUUCAGGCGAACAUCACGUCAUGCCACAACACAUGAAUCCGUAUUUUACUCACACGACUUCGUUAAGACCAGCAAUAAGAACGUCCUCCAAAACGUUUUCAUUCUUCACUUUUUUGUCACUUUAAUUAGGUUGAUGGGCUCAUAAUGUUAGAUUUUAUUUUUCUUUCCCCUUAAUGGAUUAAAAUGAUGGCCUAUUUUUAGAUAUUCGAGUGUGUGGUGCAAAGGUUCAAUGCAUACAGGUAUAAUAAUAACAACUCAAAAAUUACUGUUUAGAUAAAGACUGAGAACCACAUGAAAUUUAUCAUGAUCAAUCUCUUUUGACCGUACUUGUUUAGUAAUUUUGGAGGAAAGCGGGCUGCUAGUCUUAAACCGAUAAAUAAGGUGCUUUUUGAAUUUCAAGAAGUUAUAUCUAUUUUUUAUUUAUCUGUUCAGAAGUUACACUUUUAUUUUAAAUGACACGAUCUGGAGAUUCUUCAGUGAUCCUUUUUUUGAUUACGGUCAUCACACAUUUGGCGUUCUUUCCACCAAUGUAUCUAUACUACAAACGCGGCUAUUUUUUCGAGCUCUCAGUCUCAAUUUUCGGCUUCGUAGCAUCCUUUAUGUAUCACACAUGCGAAGAUCUUGAUAUGAUUAUCUUCUUGUCGGAGAGACAGUGGCAUCGCCUGGACAAUAUUGGCGUUAUUACCACUUUAGGAAUUCUAGAUAUCUUUGUUGCUCGUCUCACCAACAAGGUAAUAGAGAGCUUAUGCAAAUAUUCGAUUGUUUUUUUCACGAUCAUUAUUCAGCAGAAACACCCAUGGGAUGUGCGUCUCACAGUAGCCCCAAUUAUCUUGUUUAUUCUUAUACCUGUGGUAAACCAUUGCUUCGUCAAUAGAUAUUUACCGUCCGUUAAUAUACACUAUUUUUUAGUGGGACUUGGGAUCCUAGGGGUAGCGAUUGCAUGUUUUGUGAAGGGUCUUGAUGAUGAGGAUCCUUAUCGAUUAUUUCACGGUUUAUGGCACUUUUUUGGCGGCAUUAGCGUUACAUUUUUUUUGCAAAUGUUUGAUUCUCCUACCAACUCGAAGAGCGGCUUCAAGUCUUCAUCGAGUUUUUUUAGAAACAAGUAGGCGACUCUUUAAUUUAAAGAUCUGGAUUUGCUAACUUCCCUAUAAAGGAGGCUAAUAUCUUAUCACAAUUAUCUGAAUUUCUUUUUUUGAUUUCUCUUUUAAAGCUAUUU